GGUGCUCUCGCGAGAGUUGUCAUUUUCCACUUUUCACUGGGUGACUGCGCAGCUGCCAUGUUGGUUGCUAUGCUGCUGCCUGUCUGAAGGCAGGCAGGAGGGAAGGAAGGAGGGAGGCUCUGGGGAGGGGAGAAGGACGGAGGAGGAGGUGGUGGAGGUGGCUGCUGCUAGUCCUCGCCCUCCCCCCCGCACAGACAGGCAGAGCCCUGGUGUUUAACUACCGCUCCCCCCCCCCGGCUUCAGGAAAAGGAAGAGAGGAGAAAAUCUCGUUGGGGGUGGGUGGAGGGAAAGGUCUGGGGAAGGCACCUUCCCUUCAGGCAGAGGAGUGACUGCUGAAACCUUCUCCCCCUCUGUUUCCCUCUCUUAAUUGGGGGGUACCCAGUGGGUGGGGAGGGGGGAAGCUGUAUUGCCUUCCCCCCUCCCUCCCUCUAUCUGGCCACCCAUCCUUGUCUGUCUGCAUUAGGAAUGUGGGGGGGCUUUGAGUUGAGAGUGGGGCGCUCACUGCAACGGCUGUUGGUGACUCCCCAUCAUUUUUGCUUGCUGCUGUUUGGGGGUACAAGAACUAAAUUGAACUGAGCUCUGCUGCGGAUUAAACAACGUUUUUUGAGGGGGUAGACUCCUUUCCCACCUCCACUUUACCUUUCGGCUUCUCUUAUUCCCCUUUGGGUUGGCUAUUUGUUCCAUUAUCAUCCUCUGGGAGGACGUAGCUAUUAUAUGAAGACGUUGUGUGGACAGUAAUGACCGCACGUUUCCGAUUGCCUGCUGGCAGAACCUACAAUGUACGAGCAUCUGAGCUGGCACGAGACAGACAGCAUACAGAGGUGGUCUGCAAUAUUCUUCUUCUGGAUAAUACUGUACAAGCUUUUAGAGUUAACAAACAUGAUCAAGGACAAGUUUUGUUGGAUGUAGUUUUCAAGCAUCUUGAUCUGACAGAGAGAGACUAUUUUGGUUUACAAUUGGCUGAUGAUUCUACUGAUAACCCGAGGUGGGUAGAUCCAAACAAGCCAAUCAGGAAGCAGUUAAAGAGAGGAUCUCCUCACAGUUUGAACUUCAGAGUCAAGUUUUUUGUAAGCGAUCCUAAUAAGCUUCAAGAAGAAUACACACGGUAUCAAUAUUUUUUGCAAAUUAAACAAGACAUUCUUACUGGAAGAUUGCCCUGCCCUUAUAAUACUGCUGCACUCUUGGCUUCCUAUGCUGUUCAGUCUGAACUGGGAGACUACAGCCUUUCAGAGAACCUCCCAGGCUACCUCUCAGACUAUUCUUUCAUCCCUGGCCAGCCUCAAGACUUUGAAAAAGAAGUAUCCAAACUACAUCAGCAACAUAUAGGUCUGUCUCCUGCUCAAGCAGAAUUUAGUUAUCUCAGUACAGCCCGAACCUUAGAAUUCUAUGGGGUUGAAUUGCACUAUGCAAGGGAUCAAAGUAACAAUGAAAUUAUGAUUGGAGUAAUGUCAGGAGGCAUACUAAUUUAUAAGAACAGGGUACGAAUUAACAUCUUUCCAUGGUUGAAGAUCGUAAAAAUUUCUUUUAAGUGCAAACAGUUUUUUAUUCAGCUCAGAAAAGAAUUGCAUGAAUCUAGAGAAAUGUUACUAGGAUUCAACAUGGUGAAUUAUCGAGCAUGUAAGAACUUGUGGAAAGUUUGUGUAGAACACCACACCUUUUUCCGGCUAGACAGACCACUGCCGCCUCAGAAGAACUUUUUUGCACAUUAUUUUACUUUGGGUUCAAAGUACCGGUACUGUGGGAGAACAGAAGUCCAGUCUAUGCAGUAUGGUAAAGAAAAGGCAAAUAAGGACAGGGUAUUUGCCAGAUCUCCGAGUAAACCUCUGGCUCGCAGAUUGAUAAGUGGGAUGGAUUGGGAGGUUGUCAGCAGGAAUUCAUUGUCUGAUGACAGGUUAGAAACGCAAAGUUUACCAUCGCGCUCUCCACCCGGAACUCCUAAUCAUCGCAACUCUGCAUUUACUCAAGAGGGAAACCGUUUACGGCCAUCUUCAGUUGGACAUCUAGUAGACCAUGUAGUCCAUACAUCUCCGAGUGAGGUUUUUGCAAAUCACCGAUCCCCUUCUUCAACCCAGGCCAACAGUAUUAUUCUGGAGUCAUCACCAUCUCAAGAGACCUCUGUAGAUGGGCAACCACCUGCACUGCCACCUAAACAAUCUAAAAAGAAUAGUUGGAACCAAAUUCAUUAUUCACAUUCUCAACAGGAACUAGAUAACCAUAUCAGUGAAACAUAUGAUGAUGAUUCUUCAUCUCCUGAAAAAUCAACACCCAAUGGUGGGAUUCCCCAUGACAAUCUUGUUCUGAUCAGAAUGAGACCAGAUGAAAAUGGAAGGUUUGGUUUCAAUGUAAAGGGUGGAUAUGAUCAGAAGAUGCCUGUCAUAGUGUCCAGGGUGGCACCAGGAACUCCUGCAGAUGUUUGUGUCCCUCGUUUGAAUGAAGGAGAUCAGGUUGUACUGAUCAAUGGCAGGGAUAUAUCAGAACAUACACAUGAUCAAGUUGUUAUGUUUAUUAAAGCUAGCUGUGAGCGGCACUCAGGGGAACUUGUGCUCCUAGUUCGACCCAAUGCUGUUUAUGAUGUGGUAGAAGAAAAGUUGGAGAGUGAGCCAGAUUUCCAGUACAUCCCUGAGAAGUCUCCGCUAGAUGGUGCCCACCAGGAUGAUAAUGCUCUGAGGGAAUCAGUGUUUCAGCUGGCAGAGGGGCUAAUCACUGGAACUGUCCUGGCUCAGUUUGAUCAACUUUAUAGGAAGAAACCUGGGAUGACAAUGUCUUGUGCCAAAUUACCUCAAAACAUUUCCAAAAAUAGAUACAGAGACAUUUCGCCUUAUGAUGCUACACGGGUUAUUUUAAAGAGUAAUGAUGAUUACAUCAAUGCAAAUUAUAUAAAUAUGGAAAUCCCUUCUUCCAGUAUAAUAAAUAAAUACAUUGCUUGCCAGGGUCCUUUACCAAACACUUGCCCUGAUUUUUGGCAAAUGACUUGGGAACAAGGCUCAUCUAUGGUUGUAAUGUUAACCACUCAAGUGGAACGGGGAAGAGUAAAAUGCCAUCAGUACUGGCCAGAGCCCAGUGGAAGCUCUUUAUAUGGAAAUUUCCAGAUCACUUGCCAUUCAGAAGAAGGAAAUCCUGCUUAUGUCUUCAGAGAGAUGACACUGUCCAACCUGGAGAAAAAUGAGAACCGGCAACUUACUCAAAUCCAGUACAUAGCAUGGCCUGAUCAUGGGGUUCCUGAUGAUUCCAGUGACUUCCUGGAUUUUGUGUGUCUCGUAAGGAAAAAAAGAGCUGGCAGAGAAGAGCCAGUUAUUGUUCACUGCAGUGCUGGGAUUGGACGAACAGGAGUUCUUAUCACUAUGGAAACAGCUAUGUGUCUCAUUGAGUGCAGUCAGCCUGUUUAUCCCUUGGAUAUUGUGAGAACCAUGAGAGAUCAAAGGGCUAUGAUGAUCCAAACUCCUAGUCAAUACAGAUUCGUUUGUGAGGCUAUUUUGAAGGUGUAUGAAGAAGAACUUGUUAGACCUUUAACAACUUCGCUGCAUUAACAGUAAACAAAAUAUACCUUUCAGAAGAAUGCAUAUAAAUUACUGGUGUGCCAUAACAUCACUUGCAAGAUAUGGCGUCUGAAAACAAUGAAGAACUGAAAAGGACUUGGAAAAACUUCAGCACUACUGCACUUUAUGUUGAAACUGAAAAUUGGUCUCUAAAACACUAUGAUUUUUCUGUGUUGGAAGACUCUCUCUUCGUGCUUUGCUUUGAACAAACCACAGACUUACUGAACUCCAUGUGUUCCAGAUGACUUUCCAGACAUCAUUGUAGUGCCAUAUAGUCCCUUUUUGUUUGAACUGCUACAAAAAAGGCUUGGAACUAUUUCACUCUUUGUUUGACACCUAUGUCUUUUUAAAGCAACAACAAUACACACAAAGCCAUUUCUUCCAAUGCUAAAGUGUUAAGAUUCUUGUUUUUAUUUUGGUGAAACAUUAGCAAUAUUACUACUAUUACUAGACACACUGCCUACUGAAGCAGCACAUUUUGCCCUAUGCCCUCCUAGAAUCUAACCUGAUUAAUAAUGGAAAGCUACAUUCUCUUUGAACCCAGCAGUAACUGCAUAAAGGCCCAUUUACCCAGCAUCUUGUUUAGGCUGGAAUAGGAAGAACAUUUAUUUUUGAACUGGUAGCUCUGUUUCUCAGCAUGUCAUAACAUUGGUGUGUUUUGAAACAUUUGAUUAUAUUGCAUAAUGGGAAUGAAUGCAUGCAUUUUGUCUUAACCCCUUAAGUGCCUUGAGACUUGCAGUGUAUGUCGUAACGACAAGGCACUUGUAUUGGCCCUAAAGGGGAAGUAUCAUCAUUGUAUUUAUUUUAGCGGGUUCACACUUUAAACCAUGGCCCUUGGUGCUUAGAAUAUGGUACUCAGAAUAUGAUAGGUGGUUACAGAAAUACCAUUCCUUCUCUUUCUGCAAGUACCUGCAUGCUACUAUGGGUAGCAAAAGCACCACAGCCUAUUAACAAUUGUUUACUGCAAUGAAAUGAAGUGGGAAAUCUGACACAUUCCUUUCAACUGGUAAAAUGUUUGCAACAUCAAAUGAAAAGCUUGUAGAUUGUUUUAGAAUUUGUUUCUUUCCCCCUUUCACUGAGAGAUAACCUUGUAACUUGAGUAGGAUAUAGCUUUUUGAUAGUUCUGAUAACUAUCAACCUUCAAAUCCAAGAGCUUUCCCCACGUCCUACUUGCCAGUUACUUUUCCUGAGCAGUUCUUUCUCAAGUCAUGUUUAUACUGUACUGCAUUUUAAAAAGGAAAAAAGGGCGAGUGCGAGUAAAAUGCCCUCAAUUUGUUCCCAAAACAUCUAGGGUUUCUACACGUUCUUUGGGAUCUCCAUGUUUUUUGUGCAAAGAAUUUUUGUAUGCGUGCCUCCUUUUUGAAGCCAUUAGCAUGUAUGCAGUUAAUUGAUACAGUAUCUGAACUCAUUCUAGCACUAUGUAAAAGUUGUUGGCUCCUUUUUUUAAUGUCUAGAACAGGUGAAGCCAACUGGCUAGUGAGGAUAUCCAGCUUCUUGCACAAUAAGUUUUGGGAUGUGGUUGUUUCUGUCUGAAAACCUAAUCUGACCUAUAUUUAAAUAGUUUUGAAAAAUUACUGAAUGAUUUUUAAAGCAGAAUAUGCAGACUAUACAUGACAAUAUGGAGUAAUGAGUUUAGCUUUUUUUAGUAAUUUAUUCUCUUUUAGAUAUACUGGGAGGGGCUACAGAUCUGCUAUACUGUAUAAAGUGUAUUCCCAAUGCAAUGAAAUUGUGUGGUGCAAAAUUGUAGCAACCUUUCACCAUAAUGCCAAAUGAAAGAGAACAUCUUUAUAGGUUUUUUUAAAAAAAACUUGUCAGCUGGCCUGUUUGCUUAUUUGCAGAGCAAAUCCAGUAUGUGGUUCUGGAUUUGAAAUUACUGCAUUAUUAUUCUUUUAAUAUAACAUCUUUGUCACAUCAGUGUAAACAUGAAUACAACUGUCAAUGAAUUCCUUUUAUCCAAAUUGAAGUUUUGUUAGUAUAAGGUAUAAUGGGCAUCUAAAACGCUACCCUUAACUUCAUAGUUGUCCAAUAUUGUAGGAAUACAUUUUUGUCUGUUUUCUGUUUGAAUGAGUGCUUAAUAUCUACUUUUGACAGCUGUAAAAGUGAAGGGGAUAGUGGGAUCAAUGUUCUAUAUGAAAUGAUAACUGAAGAAUCCAGUGGCUUUUAAUAGUUGGUUGCUGUUCAGCCAAAAAAAAAUGGAAGGCUGAAAUGCAUUUUUGUUAUGCUAAGGACAGUUUCAGAUGACCCAGCACAAUGUAGGUAACUGCUUAGAAUAUGCUUUGCAAUCUGAACCAUCCUAAGAUGCCAGUGUAAGCAAUGUAAAAUCCCUUUUAUUGAAAGCCUGUAGUAGAUCUUACCAACCAGUGAGAUGACAACUAGAAAGAGAAGUUAUGCUAAACAUACUGCAUACACAUGUUCUGUUUUUAAAUGCUUGCUUCAAAAAUGGUUUAAUACCUGGAGAAAGUUUUCCUGCUUUUGAUUUGGAUAUUCUAUCCCAUGGUGUUGGUUAUUUGCAGGGCUAAUUUGAGUAUUUGUAGCAUGUUAAAGUAAAUAUUAAACUAUUGCUCCAUUCUAAUGAAGCAACAAUAUGUUUCUAUUGCCAAUAUAAAAUGAAAACAGCAUUGCCCUUUUUAUAAACUUAUACAAGGGAAAUUAUUAGAAGGUUGUAUGUCAUUGGUAUUUUAUAUAUGUUGAUACUCUAAUGUGAGAUUGCCAAAGCAAUUUGAAUCCAUGAGAAACAUUUAUACCAGUUUUGUUCGGGUAUAUUUUUGGUACUUAGGAUAUUGAUCUGACAAAUAGGCAGAAACAUUAGCUGCCUUAAAGCCUCCAUUUCCACUGAUAUAAACUGAUUUAGGGCUUACUGGUCAGUAGUAAUGAAGAAAUAUUGAAAGAGAUUAGUUUGGCAGGGUAACAAACUAAUCUACAAACUAAAUUUCCCUUUAAUGCACACAUAGUAAAAGUAGGAUAGUAAAUCAAAGCAUGAUCAUGCCAUAAAAGCGGAUUUUCACAAAAUGCAUUUUUCCAUAGUGGUAUAAAUAGCCUUUUACUAAUAUUUUUAUAUAGCCUAAAAGUUAAUACCGUUAAUUACUUUGCAUUGGGUUAUGAAGAUCUGUGUCAAGCUAAAAAGGAAAAAUAUUUUUUGUAUGUGUUUUCAUUCUGUACAAUACAUGAAUGUAUGUUUCAGGCAUAAUGACAUAUAAAGUGAUGGGUGUUAUGGAUGUGGAAUUUUAUGAAUAAUUAUUUUCUUACUAUUUGCUAGAAAAAUGGGGAGAAAAAAAUUGUAACACUUCCUGUUGGUGGGUUUUUUUAAAAAAGAAAUCAAGUUGUUUUAAUUGUAAAUAAGAGCCAUAGGGUAAUAGUUCUGUGCCAAUGUAUGAUACAAAUGUCUGUUUUUGUGUUUUCAUUUUUUAUCUUAAGGAUUGAAAACUAUGAUUAUUUAAAGUAUGUUUGAAGGUUUGUCUAAUGCAGAAAUCUAGGACUUGAGACUUCUGAAAAUUGCUUCUUUCCUUUUUUAGGUGUGUGGCUUUGGGAGUGGUAGGAAUAAACUUUAGAGAGUUAAAUAUGAAGUACCCACAGUGUCAGUCAUUCUCUGAGGAACAUGACUUUAAGUGCCCUGGCCAAUCAUACCACUUAAGAGCAUGGUCCCUCCAAAUCUUCAAAGUAGAUAUCCAUCUUCAGUGCUGCAGUAAUGUAUCCCUACAACCUUAGCAUAAGAACAGGACUCCUGGUUGUCCUUGGUGGUAGCUAUUUGUUUUUUCUAUUCCCAAAUGUACGUCCAUUAGGUCAUAAAUUUAGCAUUAGGCCAUAAAUUAUGUCUAAAACUUUAGACACCUUCACUGAAGUAAUAAAGUAUACCACAUUAAUACUCUGUAA